AUGUACAAAGCCUGUGGAGGUAAAAAAGUGAAUGUCAACUUUUACUUCUUGUACCCUGGGCAAUCACUUGAACAUGGGCUCAAGUACAUUAUAGAUGAUGUAAGUAUUGCAUGGUUGGUGAAUGUUCAUGAUGAACUGGACCAGUUGACACUUUACACUGAAGAUGUAGACAUAGAGCCAAUCAUUGCAAUUGAUAAGGAUGGGAAUGUAAUUGAAAAGAAAGAAGAAAUUCUUUAUUUGCGGAAUGGUGAUGAAGAUACAGUUGAUGAAGACUCAACAACUGCACAACCUCAGCCUGAAGAACCAACAAAUGAACAACCUCAGCUUGAAGAACCAACAAAUGAACAACCUCAGCUUGAAGAACCAUCAGCUGAAGAAGUACAGCCUGAAGAACCAACAACUGAAGAAGUACAGCCUGAAGAACCACCUAGUGAAGAAGUACAACCUGAAGAACCAACAAGUGAAGAACUACAUCAUGAAGAACCAACAGCUGAAGAAGUACAGUCUGAAGAACCAACACUUGAAGAGAUUUUUGCUGAAUUCGUAACCACUGAAGAACCAACACCUGAAGAUUUGUUUGCUGAAGCACCAAGAAAUGAACAACAACCAACUGCAGAACCAGGAAAUGAAGAGACGAGAAAUGAUGAUGUGGUGUUUUCUGAGGAUGAUGAUUCAGAUGAUGGUGACUACAUUCAGCGUGAAGAUUGUUCAGAUGAUGUUGAUGUACAUUCUGAUGCUCCACGUGAAGAGUUAGAAGACAUUGAUGGGUCUUCAGAUGAUGAAAUUUUUUUGAAUAGACAGUUCAGUAAGCAAGACUUGAUCAAGAAGUUGAAAAUAAUGGGCAAGAAAUCCAAAAGACCAGCUAGAAGGUUGCAGAAAUAUGCAGUGCAACCAUCUACAACCCAAUGGUACAGUGAGGCAGAAGAUGAUGAUACUAUUGAGAAUCUGAAUGACUCAACUUAA